GUCGAUACGAAAAUGACAAGAACCGAACUACUAGUAACUCAAUUGGCACGCACACACAGAACAAAACCCAAACAGCGCAAAAGUCCAUUAUUCUUAUCCAAUCCACAAAGUCUUUCACUUUCCCAACCCUUUUCAAACCACUGCAAUUCUUUCUCCUACCAUGUCCUCUCUCAGGUGACAGAUCUCAGUUCUGAAUCUCUUAAAUGCAUAUGUGUAGAUAUGUUCCACCUUGGCUCUGUCAGAUUCUCGCUUGCAUGGGAGGUUGUCUUGGUUGUUUCUCAAAGCCUCUUGAAAUUAUCUUGAUGGGCGAGGCCGAUGCAUCUAAGGGACUAAAAACUCAAGCUCAAACAAUGAACAAAGACAACAGAUCAGAAGAUUUUUGGAGCAGCAGUGCUAUUGAAUUGGAUCACAGUGCAACUCAAUCCCAGAGAAGCAUCUCGUCAAUUGUCGUGUCAAGCCAUCCUUCUGAUCCUCAAAGUAGUGAUGGCAUUCAGACCGAUCCUCCAGAGUUUGUUAAUCAUGGUCUUCUUCUGUGGAACCAAGGAAGACAACAGUGGAUUGGAAAUAGAAAACCUGAACGAAAGACACAAGUUGGAGAACCCAAAAUAAGUUGGAAUGCCUCGUACGAGGGUUUUCUUGGGACUAGCAAGCCAUUUCCACAGCGUAUUCCUCUUGGAGAAAUGGUUGACUUUCUUGUUGAUAUAUGGGAACUAGAGGGCAUGUAUGAUUAAACAAACAAAACAGGUUUUUACUACUCUAGAUUUUGGAGAAGAGGGAAGGUGUGGUAUUCAUCCUCUUAAUGUUUUAAUGGAAAGUUGUAAAUGGGGUUAGUUUUUUUCUUUUUCUUUUUUGGGGCUAAGAUUACAUUAACUGUGUGAUGUUUUCUGAUUUUCUAUUAACUUGGUUUAUAGACAAAUCAUCUACACCAAAGGAGAUACUAAGUUAAUUUCAUGUUUCAGCUUAUGCUAAUGCAAGUUUUUUUCUUCCAUUCA